ACCAAGAUAAAGAUGAUAAUGAAAUUCCUGAAUAUGAAAAAAUCAGACAAAAAAGAAUUCAAGAAAAUCAUAAAAUGCUUCUUGCUUUGGGAUUAAAAUGUGAUCUUGGUGAAGAAUCUGAUGAUAUAUCACAUUUAGGAAAACUUUUAAAUAGUACACCAAGACCAACACCAACACCAACAGCACUAAUAGUAAUACCACACAUACCCAAUACAUCACUACACCCUAGAAAUAUUCCCAUCUAUCGUACUACAAUAAUGAAAUUAGCAAUUGAAGCAUACAAUACAUUACCACCUUCAGGAUUUUUAGUGAUAGGUGCUCAGGAUAUUAGAACACCAGAUGAUGAUAAAUUAUGGCCUCUUAGUAUGUUGUUAAUGGAAGAUGUUCAUAAUGUUGUUAGUAUGGAUAAAUUACCAUUGAAAGAGCUAGUUGUUACUGUGCCAGAAG